GAACGCAAAACACAGCACUAUGCCAGCUACUAGAAAGAAAAUUAACUCUAUCCCAGCUGAAACCAGGACAGUUGUCAGCUGAGCAGGCUUGGAGGAAUUUAGGAGCUGGAGAGAGAUUUGUCUGUUGAGCUUAGUCUAGAAUUACUGUAUUUGUUUGAACCUUUUUGUUUCCACUCUUGCAAGAAAGCCUGGCCUAAAAUUUUGCUAAACAAAUCCUUGAUUUCUGUUCUAUCUGCCUAGUUUUGGGGAAAGGUAACACAGGAUGGAAGAGCAGACGUGGCCAGAAUUAGUUGUCCUUACGUGGGCAGUAUCUCAAUGAUGUAUAUAAGUGGAGAUUUGUUCCUUGGGAUGAGGUUAAGGAACUCAAAUUGCAUGGGGUUUGUGUGGGAACCUUUGCGGACAGAUUUUGGAAAGGAGCCUUCUCUUUUGCAAGGAACGCGUGACUGGGAAACAUCUCGUGGCUCUGGGGAAACUCUGAAAUGCUGUAGUGGAAUCAAAAGGGGAGGUUGACUCCCAGUCUUACUGUGUGGCAGUAAAUGAAGCAGCAAAGAUCACGAGGGGGACUUGCUUGGAGAAAGGGGUAUGACUACAUGAGGACUUGAGAGAAGGAGUGAUGACUAGGCUAGAGAAGGAUUUAGGACUUAUUUGGGAAGACUGAGGGAAAACUGGAGCUAAAGAACCAUAGAGGGAAGAUGUGAGGUUCGAGGAGGCUGAAUGUGUGGGGAGCCAGUGUCUUAUGGGAAAUUCAGAGCAGCCUCACAAAUGGAACACUAUAUGCUGAGCAUAUUAUGUGGAUGUUCUUACUAUUUCAGAUGUGAGAGCUGUGUGGAACUGCUGUUUGUGAGAGGGGCUGGGAAUUGCCAGGAGUGCGAUACCCCCCUGCGGAAGAGUAACUUCAGGGUACAGCUCUUUGAGGAUCCUGCUGUUGACAAGGAAGUGGAAAUACGGAAGAAAGUUCUGAAAAUAUACAAUAAAAGAGAGGAUGACUUUCCCAGUCUAAGUGAAUAUAAUGAUUUCCUGGAAGAAAUAGAAGAAAUUGUAUUUAACUUGACCAACAAUGUGGAUUUGGAGAACACCAAAAGGAAAAUGGAGCUGUACCAGAAGGAUAACAAAGAAGUCAUUCAGAAAAAUAAGAUAAAACUGACACGGGAGCAGGAAGAGCUGGAGGAAGCUCUAGAGGUGGAGCGACAGGAAAAUGAACAAAGGCGACUGCUCAUACAGAAAGAAGAACAACUACAACAGAUGAUAAAAAGGAAGAAUAAGCAGGCACUCUUGGAUGAUCUGGAGAGCUCCAGUCUUCCUGCUUCACUGCUUUUAGCUCAGCAUAAGGACAGAUCUACUCAGCUAGAAAUGCAACUGGAAAAACCCAAACCUGUCAAACCAGUCACGUUUUCCACUGGCAUCAAAAUGGGUCAGCAUAUUUCACUAGCUCCAAUUCAAAAGCUAGAAGAAGCUUUGUAUGAGUAUCAGCCUCUGCAAGUGGAGACAUACGGACCACAAGUUCCAGAGCUUGAAAUGCUGGGAAGGCUGGGGUAUCUCAACCAUGUACGAGCUGCCUCUCCACAGGAUCUCGCUGGGGGCUACACUUCUUCUCUUGCUUGUUACCGAGCCUUACAGGAUGCUUUCAGUGGUCUUUUCUGGCACCCCAGUUAGCCAGUGUGCAUCAGCCUGUGAUCAAGGGACGCCAAACGGAGUGAGAAACAAAUCAAGCCGGCAAAGGUUGGGUAAAAUUGCUGCCAUCUGCACAACGGCUAAGCUGCAGUCACUUUUCUGUGUAAAACCAGCUGUGUUUAAGUGUUAAAGGGAAAAAAAAAAAAAAGUCUGCACGAGAGCUUUGUAAAAUGGUAGAUACAUUUUUGUGGAGGGGGAAACUCGUUAGUCAUGUGGCACUUUGCUGAGGGAGGCUGAAGCAAUAAGCCACAUCUAAUGGAAGAUGUGAAUAACUCAGCUGUGUAUGUUUGAGGUUUAAAGAAAUACACUUGUAAAUUUUUUUUAAAUAAAGCCAGACUUUUUUAUUAAAGUUUGUGGUUUUACUCUUAUUGCAGGGUUUUAUUUGCACAAGCAUUUAAAUGCCAUUUUGAUUAUAACAUUUAGUGUCAAUAUUCAAGCCU